UCGACGCUUCCGGGAAAAAAAAACUGCGGAGGGUGAGGUCCUGGGAUGGAGCUGGAGAAUAUUGUGGCAAAUACAGUAUUACUGAGAGCCAGAGAGGGUGGUGGUGGGAGAUGGAAAGGGAAGAGCAAGAAAUGGCGUCAGAUGCUGCAGUUUCCCCACAUCAGCUUGUGUGAAGAGCUGAGACAGACGAUUGAGAAGGACUAUAAGAGUCUUUGUGAUGAACAGCCUAUUGGGAGGCUACUGUUCCGCCAGUUCUGUGAGACCCGGUCAGAGUUAUGUCACUGUGUGCAGUUUCUAGAUGCCAUGGCUGACUAUGAGGUGACUCCAGAUGAAAAGCGAAAGGAGUGUGGUCAGUGCCUUGUGGACAGGUUCCUCAACCCCAAGUCUCCUGAUUAUAUUUCAGAGAUACCCAGUGACAUGAGGAAUCAUUGUUUGCAAGAGCUGCAAAAUGGAGCCUGCAAGGAGCUCUUCAAGGAAUGUCAUAAAUUGAUCCAUGAUUUUCUGAGUGUUGCACCUUUCUCUGAUUACCAGGACAGUUUGUACUUCAAUCGCUUCCUCCAAUGGAAGUACCUGGAGAGGCAGCCUGUGACCAAGUACAACUUCCGCCAGUAUCGGGUACUGGGAAAGGGAGGCUUUGGGGAGGUCUGUGCCUGUCAGGUUCGAGCCACAGGGAAGAUGUAUGCCUGUAAAAAGCUAGAGAAGAAACGAAUCAAAAAGCGAAAAGGAGAGGUCAUGACUUUAAAUGAGAAAGAAAUUUUGGAGAAAGUGAACAGUAGGUUUGUAGUGAGCCUUGCCUACGCCUAUGAGACAAAGGAUGCUUUGUGUCUGGUCUUAACACUGAUGAACGGAGGAGAUCUCAAGUUUCAUAUCUAUCACAUGGGUGAGGCCGGCUUUCAGGAGCAACGUGCUGUCUUCUAUGUAGCCCAAAUAUGCUGUGGUCUUGAGCAUCUGCAGAGAGAGAGGGUGGUUUACAGAGACUUGAAGCCGGAAAAUCUGCUCCUGGAUGAUCAUGGUCACAUUCGGAUAUCGGACUUGGGCCUGGCAGUGUACGUGCCAGAAGGACAGACAGUCAAAGGCAGAGUGGGCACCGUGGGCUAUAUGGCUCCUGAAGUUGUAAAGAAUGAGCGUUACACGUUCAGCCCUGAUUGGUGGGGUCUGGGUUGCCUCUUUUACGAGAUGAUUGAGGGACAAUCACCAUUUCAACAGCGCAAGAAAAAGAUCAAACGGGAGGAGGUAGAACGGCGGGUCAGGGAGGAGCAGGAGACCUACUCUGACAAGUUCUCAACACAAGCACGUUCACUGUGUCAGCUGUUAUUGAGAAAAGCCCCUGAGGAGCGGUUGGGCUGCUGUGGAAGGGGUUCAUGUGAGAUUAAGGAGCAUCCUCUAUUUCAAGACAUAAACUUCAAACGGCUUGAGGCAGGAAUGGUACAGCCUCCUUUCAUACCUGACCCACAAGCAAUCUACUGCAAAGAUGUAUUGGACAUCGAGCAGUUCUCUACAGUGAAGGGAGUGGAAUUGGGUCCUGCUGAUAAUGAUUUCUACACCAGGUUUGCCACAGGGUCUGUCUCCAUCCCCUGGCAGAAUGAGAUGAUCGAGACAGAAUGCUUCAGUGAGCUGAAUGUUUUUGGGAGUAAUGGUUCAGUACCCCCAGACCUGGACUGGAGGGGGCAGGCUGAGACCCCGCCCAGGAAGGGAUUACUGCAGAGACUGUUCAGUCGACAGCGUGCUCCGCCCCCUUGUCCGCUCCAGCCUCCCCACUCCGCCCCCUCACCCGCUCCUGCCUGCCCACUCCCCUGCUCCAGUCAUGCCUAGCCUGUUGCCCUCCCUUUGUCUUGUCAACUUUCCCUCCUUCCUCCCUCUGCCCCCUCCUUACUCUCUCUUUUUUUUUCCCCCCCCCCUCCCCACCCCCACUUCCUCUCUCUCCCCACCCCCACUUUCUGACACCUACAUUCCCAUUACCUCCAGCAUGCCUUUUCAACCCUGAUUCCAUUUUUCAUUUUGACGCAGGGUCUCAAGGAUGUUAUCUCUCACCAUCUGGGAGUAUCUGUUAAUUUCAGGUAAUCCUUGGAAAGAUCUGAGGAUGAAGAGGUUUCUGGCAGUCAGGGCCCUAGACCUGAUCACCAGCUCUUGAUAAUCUUCCACCUUGUCCCUGAGCCCAUCUCCUCCUCUCUCUGCAGAAAUGAGCUCUCAAUACGGGAUAUCUUUUUAAAAAAAAACAAGUUGAUAAACCCACAAUCAAGCCUUUGGUGAAAGACUCAGUAAACCAAGAAAGUUAAUCUUCAGGAGCAUUCCAAUACUUCCUGCUAUGGCUAGCAACACGUUCACUGUCAUUAACCUACACUGUGUUUAUUGCUAUUACUAACUGCUAAUAACAGGAACAGGUCCACCAUUGUUAACAUAUACUGCUUACAAUUUUAACUAAUUAGCUGACUUAACUAACUAACGAAAACUUCUCCUGCACUGAAAUGCCACAUAUCAUUACAGCAAAUUUGACACUAGCACAAAUUUCGUUGUCUCUAAAUGUGCCACUUUUAUACUACAACCUGAGAGAGAAUCAGGGUAGACCACGGCAGCCCAUUGAGCUAGUUACCUUUUAGUGAGUACUAUCAUGGCUGAUGUGCUUUAUCGCCACUUUCUGAUCCGUCUUGCAGAUCCCCUCAGUUCCUCCAGAGACCAAAGAUCUGUUGAUCCCAGCAUUAAAUAUGUUCAACAAUGAUGACGCCAUAACUUUUGGUGCAGAGAAUUCCAAAGAUUCUCAAACCCUUGAAUGAAGAGAUUUUUCCUCAUCUCUGUCUGAAAUGAUCACCCUCUUGUCCUGAGAGUGUGCCCCUGUUCUGAAUCCUCAAUGAUUACAUUGCUUUAUUAGAAAUUCCAAUGCUUUCUUAUUUCACGCUGUGUCCAAUAUGUAGUUUUUGUUAGGAACCUAGAAAACACUUGCACAGGUAUUUUCUGACUCUUGCUAUUAAGAAUUUCUACCCAUAUUGAGUGUGUGCCUCAUGCGCUUGAGGCCAGUUCCUUCUUUAGGAAUGUCCUUACUCACCUUUACGACCAGAGCUACCUUCUUUACUGUUCUGGCUGUCUCUCUGACAUAAUGUGCAUCCUGGAGUAUUUGUUUCCCACCCUUCGUAAUCCUGUAACCAUGUUUCUGCGAUGUUAAUUAGAUCUAAAUCAUUGACCUCAAAUUAUCUUCCUGGAGAUGCUCUGUUCGUCGAGAUAAAUAAAAUUACAUUUUUUUAACUUCUGUUCCUGCAAUGAUCUUACUACACAAUUACUAUUAAACUCUCUGAUCCUUCUUAUUCUAUUUCACAUUUAUUCUCAUUGCUGCACUCUUACUUUGCCUUAACUUUUCAAGAUUUCUAAAUCUCCUUAUACGUGGAUCUUCGCCCUUCUGUUAGUUGAAAGCCCUGUCUGAAGCCCUAGUUAGCACUAACCAGCAAGAGUGUCUGUCCUCAUUCUCCUGCAGUGUUGAUGGCUGAAUCAAAUUCCUGUCACUAUUAGCUUGUCCAACCUCCUAAGUCUACACUGCUUCCCUCAAAUGCUAACCUGUGUAACAUGAGAGUACAAGUGUCACUAACCUGCACUGUUCAUGGUGGUAGAUAGACCUAGCACAAGGUGGAUUGUUGCAAACCUGUGCUGCUUAACACUGUAACUAGUGUGAAUGCUUACCACUGUACCACUGCUUACUGCUGUAACUAACCACUGUAAUUAGUGAAUGCUGUAACAUCAUGAAUUUCAUGAAUUCCCCAUUUUUAGAGGCUUGCAGCAGCGAGUCAGAAUUCUACUCCCAAGACUAAUGUGGCCUAUUGGCUAACCAGCACCAGGGAACCUGAGGUAACCAGAGUCAGUUCACUGGCAACUGAGGGUCCAAUGGGGGAAGAGGGUUUCUGUUCAGUGAGGGAGUGACCCAAGGUGACAGCGUGGGUGUCUGGUUAGUAACUAAGUGAAAGUUAAGUAUCGAGUCAGUGAAGGUUGUAUCCGAUUAGUGAAAAGUGACUGGGGGAGGUGUGUAUCUGGUCAGGUGAGGGGAUGACAGGGUAGGUAUCUGAUCAGUGAGGCAGUGAUGAGGUAAGUAUCUGGUUAAUGAGGUGACAGGGAGGAGGGUUAUCUGCUCAGUGAGGGGCUGAUAGGGAGGGAGGUAUCUGGCCGGUGACUGGGUAAUGGGGUAGGUGCCUGGUUAAUGAGGGGGUGACGAGGUGCUAUGUUAGUCAAUGGUUUAGAGUCUGACUGUUAACAGCCAGAAUGAUUGGCCUCCACUCUGUCCAGGAAUAGAUCACAUUGAGGAUGACCAUUGUACCUUUCUGACCUUGAUAAUCUGGAGAGAGCAAGAGAGUCUGCUGUUGUGUUUGUUUCUGACUGUAUUGUACUUUUUGUGGUUCACAGCAGUGGUUGUCCUGUUGUCCUGCCUGUGCUCAGCCUGUGUUUGUCUCUCCUAUUUGAUCUAGCUCCUUGUCUAAGGCCUUGCUUUGCUUUGCUUUGCUCCCACCUGCCCAUGCUCCUUUUCAGGUUGACUGUGGAAAUUGCCAGAAGACAGAAGAAGAUCAUCAAUCAUUCGACCCAGACCCACCUCUGAAACCCUUCAAUGGACCAUUCCUCACUGAGCCAAAGGACACAAGCUGUUUACAAUUUUGCACAUACUUGUACAUUAAUAUAUAAAUAUUAGGAUGUAUUUUUUAACUACAAA